CCUCCAGCUCCCCCCCAAGCCGGAGCGGGCAUUCUUCCCUUCGCCAUCCCCCGGCCCUUCACCCCGGGUACUGGGCGCUUCCUCCGGCGCAGCUCAGGGAGCGGGGGCCGGUCUCCUGAUCGACUGUCGCGCCUCCAUGUCGGAUAACCAGAGCUGGAACUCGUCGGGCUCCGAGGAGGAUCCGGAGACGGAGUCCGGGCCGCCUGUGGAGCGCUGUGGAGUCCUCAGCAAGUGGACAAACUACAUUCAUGGGUGGCAAGAUCGUUGGGUAGUUUUAAAAAAUAAUACUCUGAGUUACUACAAAUCUGAAGAUGAGACAGAGUAUGGCUGCAGAGGAUCCAUCUGUCUUAGCAAGGCUGUCAUCACACCCCAUGAUUUUGAUGAAUGUCGAUUUGAUAUUAGUGUAAAUGAUAGCGUUUGGUAUCUUCGUGCUCAGGAUCCGGAUCACAGACAACAGUGGAUAGAUGCCAUCGAACAGCACAAGACUGAAUCUGGGUAUGGGUCUGAAUCCAGCUUACGUCGGCAUGGCUCUAUGGUGUCACUGGUGUCUGGAGCAAGUGGCUAUUCUGCAACAUCCACCUCUUCAUUCAAGAAAGGCCACAGUUUACGUGAAAAAUUGGCUGAAAUGGAAACCUUUAGAGAUAUCCUAUGUAGACAAGUUGAUACUUUACAGAAGUACUUUGAUGCCUGUGCUGAUGCUGUCUCCAAGGAUGAACUUCAAAGGGAUAAAGUGGUAGAAGAUGAUGAAGACGACUUUCCUACAACACGUUCUGAUGGAGACUUCUUGCAUAACGCUAAUGGCAAUAAGGAAAAGUUAUUUCCACAUGUAACACCACGAGGAAUUAAUGGCAUAGACUUUAAAGGGGAGGCGAUAACUUUUAAAGCAACUACUGCGGGAAUCCUUGCUACACUUUCUCAUUGUAUUGAACUAAUGGUAAAACGUGAGGACAGCUGGCAAAAGAGACUAGAUAAGGAAACUGAGAAAAGAAGAAGAAUAGAGGAAGCAUACAAAAAUGCCAUGACAGAACUGAAGAAAAAAUCCCACUUUGGAGGGCCAGAUUAUGAGGAAGGUCCAAACAGUCUGAUUAAUGAAGAAGAGUUCUUUGAUGCUGUCGAAGCUGCUCUUGACAGACAAGAUAAAAUAGAGGAACAGUCACAGAGCGAAAAGGUCAGAUUACACUGGCCUACAUCCAUGCCAUCUGGAGAUGCCUUUUCUUCUGUGGGGACUCAUAGGUUUGUCCAAAAGGUUGAAGAGAUGGUGCAAAACCACAUGACUUACUCAUUACAGGAUGUAGGUGGAGAUGCUAAUUGGCAGUUGGUUGUAGAAGAAGGAGAAAUGAAGGUAUAUCGAAGGGAAGUAGAAGAAAAUGGGAUUGUUCUGGAUCCUUUGAAAGCUACCCAUGCAGUGAAAGGUGUUACAGGACAUGAGGUCUGCAAUUACUUCUGGAAUGUUGAUGUUCGCAAUGAUUGGGAAACAACUAUAGAAAACUUCCAUGUGGUGGAGACAUUAGCUGAUAAUGCAAUCAUCAUUUAUCAAACGCAUAAGAGAGUUUGGCCUGCUUCUCAGCGAGAUGUAUUAUAUCUUUCUGCCAUUCGAAAGAUACCAGCCUUGACUGAAAAUGACCCUGAAACCUGGAUAGUGUGUAAUUUUUCUGUGGACCACGACAGUGCUCCUCUAAACAAUCGAUGUGUCCGUGCCAAAAUAAAUAUUGCUAUGAUUUGUCAAACUUUGGUAAGCCCACCAGAGGGAAACCAGGAGAUCAGCAGGGACAACAUUCUAUGCAAGAUUACAUAUGUAGCUAAUGUGAACCCUGGAGGAUGGGCACCAGCCUCAGUGUUAAGGGCAGUGGCAAAACGAGAGUAUCCAAAGUUUCUAAAACGUUUUACUUCUUACGUCCAAGAAAAAACUGCAGGAAAACCCAUUUUGUUCUAGUAUUAACAGUGACUGAAGCAAGGCUGUGUGACAUUCCAUGUUGGAGGAAAAAAUAAAUUGAAUGCUCUAAGUUGGAACAUAGGAUCUGUAGCCUUGUCUGUGGCCCAACACCCUGGCCUUGUAUACAAAAAUGAAGAAAUAUUGCAAUAGCAAAGGUGAACAUCUAACACUAGCUGUCUCCUGCUAGAUCUCCUCGCUCAGCAUAUAACUAUAAAUACAUGUAAAAUUACAUGUAUAUGGCUAUAUUUUUAUUUGCUUGCUCCUAGAAGAGAAAAAAAAUUGACUUUGAAUCACAACUAGGAAUUGAUGCUUUAAUUUUUGGAAACUUUUUCAGAAUUUUUAAUUUACUAUGGUCCGGCCUAAGAUCCUCAUUUGUAUCAGGUUUCGUGCACAAAAGAAAAGCACAAAAGUUAAAUGCACAUGGGGCAUGUGCUUUCUGUGCACCAAAUAUCUGGAUGGAGCUCUUUUUUCAGGCCUACGGUUAAAUCUGUGUUCAGAAUUUUUUGACUUUUUUGCUUUGUAUAAUCAUAGAAUUCAUUGCUGCUGAUUUCUAUAAUGAUUCAUGUUGUUAUGUAAAGUGUCUCUUAAUAACUGAGGGCUGUCAAUAACCUGUGAUUUUGCCUUUUCUAUAGUCUUACUCCUAUGAAGAACCUUGGUUCUGAUGGAGAAAGAGUGAAAAGCUUUAUUUUUUUCCGCCAGGUAUCUUUAUAUUUCCAUUAUAUUUUUAGUUCUGUUCUGUGUGCUACAGAUUUUUUUCAGUUUGUUUACAAACACAAUUUGGUAAUUCCUCAAUUGGUUCUGCCUGCCUCCAAACAGAAACAUUACAGACCUUGUGGGUAUAAACUACUUUCUGGUACAAUGGUAAGGAUAAAACAAGCUCAUGUUUUCUUGAAAUGUGUAAGAAGAUACACGGUAUUUCUUGUAAAGGUAAAUUAGGCUGUCUGGGUGGUAUUUGGGUCCGUUUAAAGGCUGUGUUGGAAGAUACGCGUAGAAAACGUGAGCAGCGCUCCUGUUUGCCUCUUGCUCAGAAUUUUCAGCAGAGCAGUAAAGGAUUCCAUGUGAUUCAAACUGAAAUUCUUCCCUUAGUUGCUAUAAGAACUUAAAUGUAAAAUACCUUCUUUAGUUUUAGGUCUCUGUGAAAAACCUUGAAGCAUGGAGUUGAGGCAAGGAAUGGUACUCACUGAAGUAGAAAUGACUGCCCACUUCAAAAUCUUCAUUGUGUUUUUACACAAAUGUGCUUACAUAUGUCAGAGGCAUUUUGUACAUGCUUUGCUGACUUGUUCAUCUCUGUAGAAACACAGAAAUCAGACCCAUUUUGUAAAGCAGAAAGUCAUGUCGCUUAGAACAUGUCCUGUAUAUAUUUCAUACAUGGUAAUGGAGUCUUAAUGAUGAAUGCAAGAUGAUAAUUUAAUGAUGGGAUUAGUCUGAUCACUUAAUAUGCACAAUCCUGGAAGUGAAUUACUUGCAUCAGUUAUAGUGGUAUUUAUUAUUCUGUACAGAGAGAAAAAUACGUAUAAAACAUAUGCUUAUAUUAUAUGCACGCAGAUUUCAUGCUCCAUAAAUCUUUUCUAUUUUUUAAUUUACCUUUCUCUAAAUGAUGUGCAUGGAAUAUGCCUUAUUACAGAAAAAUGCUGUUCAUAAUUUGACUGUGUGGAAAAGUGCCUAUACGGUGGUAAUGCUAGUAAGGCAAAUAAGACAAAUUAUCAUACGAGUUUACUACAUCACCAGUUAGCAUUUUAUAUUGUGAUGUUUAAAAAAGAAAAGUUUAUACCUCAAAUGUGUAUUUUAUUUUAUUUUACAAUCAGCUAUGGGGUUGGGAUAUGGGAUAUUGGGAGGGUUGGGUGGGGUGGGGAGGUUUAUUCACCUUAGCCGCUAAUGGGAAUCCUCAAAAAAAUUCUCUAUGCCCAGUGUAAAUGUUACUCUGCUUGCCAUGUCUGGUAACUAUCAUGAACACAGACAGGUAACUCUUUCGUAACUAAAUUGGAUAGCUUCAUUUUACAAAGUUAUGGAAAACUUACAAAUCAAUGUCUAAAUCUAAUUACCCUUGGUUGCAUUUGCACUAAAUGUUAAUGAUAUACUUUUGCAAUUCUGUAAACAAAAUGAUUACACUAAAAAUAUUUAUAUUAAAAAAGAAGAAGAUAUGUUUACCUUUCAAUAACUGUACAGGUACUUCACUAGAGUUAAUCCCAUCCGAUCAGACUUAGAAAUCAGUUGGGGAAUACUAAGACUUUUACAGAGGUCAGAAUUUGGAGAGGUACUAGCCGUUUUAAACAUAUUCAGACCCUCUGGGGUUAUAUCUGUAUGACUAAUUCCUAGUCAGUGUCUGAAUGGACAUGAUGUUUUCCCAAACACAGUAAUUUCUUACUUCUCUUCCCCAAACAAAAACAAAACAAAACAAAUUAUCCUUUUACUCUUUUUUCUACUCACUCUUUUGUACUGUGAUAGAGACUUGAAAAAUAUUGGUGAUGAUGGGUUUGUCCCUGAGUGCCCACUGUACAGGACAAGAGAGCACAGUGUUUCACUUGGAAUUAAGGACUCCUGAUUUUGAGGUAGGGGGUGAUCACAGCAGCUCUUGGUUUGGGAUCGCCACAAAGACAGCCAGACCAAGGAGAGGAUGGCUGGGAGAGAGGGUCAGAAUACAAAAUAAGGGAAAGGAGCAACAGGUUUUCUACUUGUUCAGUUUUAUCGGCUAAUUUGUACACCUGUACAACAUCAGUGUCAGCUGCUAUUAAGAAAAUUUUAGUUGGGCUGAGCUGGUUCUCUUGUAAAAUUGUGCUGGUUAUCUUUAAGCUUAUCAAUUGUUUGUCCAGUUAAACACUUUCACCAGUAUUUAGUCCGAGUUGUACAGACAAUGUAUUUGGAUUACUGUCAUUGUUCAUCUACAAACUCAAAACAUAAUCAUUUUAAAGUACCUUGGGAGUGUGUAGAGUGUAACUAUUCUAUAAUAGCUUUAUGAUCCUGAUGAUGUUUUUAAAAAAAUAAUAAAGUUGGAUCUUCCAUGUUACAAUCACAGAAUUAAAACCAGUAUUUAAAAGUGGAAAAGUAUUAAAAUAUUAUGGACAAAUGUA